AUGAAAUCACUCCUGGGAAUUGCCGCAAUCGCGGCCGCCGUUCUACAGCUCACAGCUGCCAUUAAUCUCGACGUCAACAACACCGAUUCCGUCAAAGCCGCAGCACGUACAAUAGCAUACGGCCUCCAGUCCUUUUAUCGCAACAACGAGACCAGCACGGCCGUCACCGCAGUAGGCACCUUUCCCGAACCACUUUAUUGGUGGGAGGCAGGUGCUGUUUGGGGAGGCAUGGUGGAUUACUGGGCCUAUACAAAUGACACGUCCUACAACGCCGUCACGUCUCAAGCGAUGAUGGCACAAGUGGGACCAGACAUGAACUACAUGCCGCCAGCCUACUUCUCCUCGCUUGGAAAUGACGAUCAAGCAUUCUGGUGUCUUGCAGUAUUGUCUGCUCAGGAGUACGGCUUCCCUGUACCGCAAGGACAGAAGUCAACAGUUUGGCUCGAUCUCGCAGAGGCCGUGUGGAACACGCAGGUCCCGCGAUGGGACACGACCUCGUGUGGGGGUGGCUUGAAGUGGCAGAUCUUCGAAGCGAACAAGGGCUAUUCAUACAAGAACAGCAUUUCGAAUGGCGGCCUUUUUCAGAUCUCAGCACGUCUCGCCCGAUACACGGGCAACCAGACUUACGUCGAGUGGGCUGAGAAGACGUGGGACUGGAUGAGCGCCAUUGGACUCAUCAGCCCGAAUUAUGAGGUCUACGAUGGCUCAGACUCGACGAUCAAUUGCACUCAACUCGACCACACGACUUGGACAUACAACCCAGCUAUGCUAAUCUACGGCACGGCCAUGCUCGCGAACUAUACGAACCAACAAGUCUGGAAAGACCGGACUGAAGGACUACUGACAUCGAUAGAGAAGUCGUUUUUCUCUCCAUACCAGAAUGCCACGAGCAUGUAAGUAUCUAGAAUUCGCAACUGUGGGCGCCACGUCUAUCGAAACCAGAUGUUUGCAACAUACUUGAGGCUGACACCUUGGCAGUAUGUACGAGGCCGCAUGUGAACCGUACAAUACGUGCGACAACGAUCAGUACUCCUUCAAAGCCUAUCUCGCGCGUUGGAUGGCAAAAGCAGCGGUCGUUUACCCGUCCAUCACGGACAACGUCCGCAAGUACCUCUCCGCCUCUGCCCAAGCAGCAGCCGGUGCUUGCACAGGCGGCGACAACAAGCAAGCGUGCGGCCAGAAAUGGUACGUUGGCGGAUACGACGGAGUUACUGGUGUCGGCCAAGAGCUUUCGGCCAUGGAGACCAUCCAGUCCCUGCUUUUACUGAAUGGCAACCCGCCUGUACCUCAACAUGAGGCCAACGUUACCGUCCGGAACGUUCCUGUCACGAGUGAGUUCCCACUGGUUCCAAUGGUCACGCGCGGGCCGAAUUCUGCUUCUCCGCCCGGAUCUGUUUCAGGCGGUGUUCCUUCAUCCUCUCCUUCGGCCGGUGCUAACUCCAGGAGUAGAGCCUUGUUCUUGGCGUGCAGCCCGUGGACGAUUGUGAUAGUUGGGGUUUUGGGGAUAUUAUUGUGGCAUUGA